AUGCUUCUGGAGCGCGAGGACAGCUUCAUGUCGGAGUUUGAGGACGCGUGCAGCGCCUGGGUGGACAGUGUGGGCUCGAGCCCCAGCGACGGAGCAGACUCUGACGUGGGAUCACCUUUCUGCCAAGUUUUCUCUCCGGGAACUGACGCCUCUGACUCAGAUUUCUUCUCCGACUUCAGCGACUGCUCCUCGGACACGCUCUCGCCCUCCCUCGGCUACACCGGCAGCUUCUUCACCGAGCCGGAGCCGACAUCGGCAGCAGCGGGGCUCAGCAGCACCGCGGACGCGAUCCUCAACAUGAUAACAGAGAUCGUCGGGAUCUGCACCGAGAUGGAGCAGCAGGGCGACAGCAGCCCAUCCCCCGCAGCCGCAGCCUCCACCUCGCCCCCGGUCUUCGCUCCAUCUCCUUGCGUGGCUCCCAGCUCUGACCUGAGCGUCUGUCCGCCGCUGGCCGCAGCCCAGCAGCUGCCCCCGGUCCCCGUUUCACAGCCGGUGGUGGUCAAGAGCGAGUUUGUGACCUCGAGCUGCAGCAGCGGGUGUGGACAGUCUUCAGUGGUCGGGAACGACGCUUCAUGCCCGGCCAGCGCGGACUCCCUCCUCCCGCUGCCGGCUCUGGAGCAACAGGUGGAUGUGGCUGAUUUCAUCGACUCCCUGCUGAGCUCCGAGGCCGGCCAGGGCGAGUUGAAGCCCGGCUGUGAGGUGAAGCAGGAGCCGCUGGGGCUGGAGGACUGGCUGAAAAGUUUGGCGGCUGCACCGGUGACCGGGGGAGACCCCACCAGCUACGUCAUCAGUAGACCUGUAGUCAAGACGGAGCUCGUGCAGAGCGGGAGCAACCUGCUCUUCUCCCCCUCCACCCUCCCCUCCACCCUGGACGCCCAGCUCCUCUCCUCCCUCCUGCAGGGCGCGCUCCCGAUCGUGAACAUCAACAGUGUGCACGCGGCAGGAGCCGCCAAACUGCCGCGAGGGGGCAGAAGAGCCGCCGCCAAGAGCGGCCCCAAAGUGAAGCCCUUCCCCUGCUCCGUGCAGGGCUGCGAGCGCCGCUUCUCGCGCUCGGACGAGCUCAACAGGCACGUGCGCAUCCACACGGGACAGAAGCCCUUCCAGUGCACCAUCUGCGCGCGCAGCUUCAGCCGCAGCGACCACCUGACCACGCACACGCGCACGCACACGGGGGAAAAGCCUUUCUCGUGCGAUGUGUGCGGCAAACGCUUCGCGCGCAGCGACGAGAGAAAGAGGCACGGGCGCGUGCACGUCAAGCAGCAGUUGCGCGCGCAGAUGAUGGCCGCCUACUCCCUGGCGUUGAACGCGCCGGGCGUGUGA